CUCCAGGGGCCGUCUGUCGCGGGACAGGCUGGCCAGCUGGGGCGAGGAGCCGGGAGGAGGAGGCUGUGGCGGCAGCAGCAGAAACAAGCACCAGCCACACAGCAGCUUCUCCGGCCCGAGCAGCUACAGUACCCUGGCCGCGAUGGCGCUGAAAAGCGCUGCAAGCGAGGAAGCCAAGGGGCCCCAGCGGGAGGCACACGAGAAACAGCAGGGGCGGGUGGGUAGCCCUGAGCCAGAGCCUGAGCCCUUGCCACUGCCCCCACCGGAGCCCCAGCCGGAGCCCCAGCCAGAGCCCCAGCCCCUACCAGACCCUGCCACCCUGCCGGAGCUGGAGUUUGAGCCUGAGCUGGUGCAUGAGUCCGAGCCCACGCCCACCGUGGAGACCUGUGGUACAGCGCGGGGCUUCCAGCCCCCCGAAGGUGGUUUUGGCUGGAUGGUGGUCUUCGCUGCCACCUGGUGCAACGGCUCUAUCUUUGGCAUCCAGAACUCCUUUGGGAUCCUCUACUCCAUGCUGCUGCAGGAGGAAAGAGAGAAGAAUCGCCAAGUGGAGUUCCAAGCAGCAUGGGUAGGAGCCCUCUCAAUGGGCAUGAUCUUCUUCUGUUCUCCCAUUGUGAGUAUAUUUACUGAUCGUUUGGGCUGCCGAAUCACAGCAACUGCAGGUGCUGCUGUCGCUUUCAUCGGCCUCCAUACCAGCUCCUUCACCAGCUCAUUAAGCCUGCGUUACUUCACCUAUGGGAUUCUCUUUGGUUGUGGCUGUUCCUUCGCCUUUCAGCCAUCUCUCGUCAUCCUGGGCCACUACUUCCAACGCCGCCUGGGUCUGGCCAAUGGUGUAGUGUCUGCUGGGAGUAGCAUCUUCUCCAUAUCCUUCCCCCUUCUCAUCAAGACGCUGGGGGCUAAGAUAAAGCUCGCCCAAACCUUCCAGGUGCUGAGUACCUUCAUGUUUAUCCUUACACUGCUUUCACUCACCUACCGGCCCCUCCUGCCCAGCUCCCAGGACACCCCAAGCAAGAGAGGUGUCCAUACCGUGUGCCAACGCUUUCUGGCUCAACUCAGGAAGUAUUUCAACAUGCGAGUGUUUCGCCAACGUACCUACCGCAUCUGGGCCUUUGGGAUUGCUGCUGCUGCCCUUGGCUACUUCGUUCCCUAUGUACACCUGAUGAAGUAUGUGGAAGAGGAGUUCUUGGAAAUCAAGCAGACCUGGGUGCUCUUGGUGUGUAUUGGGGCUACCUCAGGCCUUGGGCGCCUUGUGUCAGGCCGUGUCAGUGACUCCAUUCCUGGACUUAAGAAGAUCUACUUGCAGGUCAUCUCCUUCCUGCUCUUGGGCCUGAUGUCCAUGAUGAUUCCCCUGUGCCGGGGCUUCGGGGGCCUCAUCGUUGUCUGCCUCUUCCUGGGCCUGUGUGAUGGCUUCUUCAUCACCAUCAUGGCCCCCAUCGCAUUUGAACUGGUGGGCCCAAUGCAGGCCUCACAGGCCAUUGGCUACCUCCUGGGCAUGAUGGCCCUGCCGAUGAUUGCUGGGCCCCCCAUUGCAGGCCUCCUCCGUACCUGUUUUGGGGACUACCAUGUGGCCUUCUACUUUGCUGGUGUGCCCCCAAUAAUUGGAGCUGUAAUCCUCUUCUUCGUCCCUCUGAUGCAUCAAAGGAUGUUCAAGAAAGAGCAAAGGGAUUCCAGCAAGGACAAGAUGUUGGCCUCUGACCCAGAACCCAGUAGGGAGCUGCUGCCAGGCUCUCCCAUCCCUGAGGAACCAAUCUAAUGCCUCUUCCUUGUCAUCGUGUGCUCUUCUCCAACCCCUACCCUUUACCCCACCCUGCUCAGCAUUUAAAUUUUUGCCACCAGCACACUUGUCCCCAAACCUAUGCACACAGCAUUUUAGCCACCUGACCAUCCCUUUGGAGCCAAAGCUCCAGGUGUUCCAAACUUAGUAACCAAAUCCUCUUUGUGAAUGCCUUCAAACUUGCCAGGGUCUUUCUCCCAGGAUCUAGAAAACCUUUGGAUCACCCCCUGGCCUUUGGAACCUCUCUGUAUACUUUCUAACCCCUGGGGGGGAGGGGCAUGGGACCUCUUGGCCCCAGCUUGUUAGUAACCCAAUAGAAGCAACUAUCAAAGGUGCUACUGUGUCCUCAGGAGCCUAGUGGGAAGACUCAAGCCUCUGUGUGCUGAGAAGCUCCUUGCCAUCUUACUUUAGGAGCCACUGAUGGAGGGGGUGGGGGAGGGCAGAGAGGUAAAAUGAAACAAGGAGCCUUGUUUAGCCUUAGAGUUUCUGAGGACUGUGGCUUCCCAAGAACUGUGGGUGCUGUUAGUUUACAAGUAUAUAGAUAGUCUCCCUAUUAUCUGGUUGGUUAACAGUCUGCCUCCUUCUACCCUUCCUCCUUUUUUUCCUCUACUUCCUUAUCAUUUCUCUUCCCUUUCUAUUUCUUUUUAUGACUGUCAUAGACACAUGGGUGCUUAAAUAAAGGAGGAACCCAGAGCUUGGGCCAAUCAGCCUUACCUUGGUCCAGCCCACCCCCAAUAGUAGUAUUAGUCCCACUCAUCUCAGGCUGAGCCACACCUCACCUUUUGGCUCAAGCUGCUAUAAUCAUAGACUGGAAGAGUAGAAUAUCACAUAGAGAAGGGGUCUUAAACAGCACUCACUGAUUUUUACAGAUUUCCCAAGCCAAUGCAGUCUGCAGGCCCAGCUCCCCAUCCUUGUAUCCAUCUGUCAAAAUGUGAAGAAAUCUCUUUCAUCUCAGCAGGCAGAGGAGGCCUGAUGACAGAGAGAUGGCAUGGUAUGGGGAAGGGGCAAUAGUUAUUGACCUGGUAAAGUACAGACUCAUGACAGGUCAAUAUUUCCACCUGGGGUAGGCCAGGAAAGAGACUUUAUUAGGGAAAACCCAAUUCCCAACUUGGAUCCCCAAAAGGUAGAGGCGGCAGCUACACAAAGGUUCAGACAGUUUCUUUUAGGAAGGUGAAACCUUGCUAGCCUUUACCAACAAAUGUGUCCAUCAUGUUGUGCAUUUGUGGUCACUCUGGUUGGCUGGCAUUAAACGUGCCAGGAAAGGUAGACUCUAGACCACACUCACCUUCCAAAAUUGCUGCCAGGCAAUUUCCUAUGCCCACACUCUAAGCAAUAGUCUUGCCGCGUCUAGCUAUCACAACUCACCUCAUUAGCAGCUCAACCACUCUCCUCACUCAGCCUCUUUGUGUGUCUUUCUCCCUAUUCUGUGCCUUGGUAUGUUGUGUCCCUAUCAUUCAAACUUUUUCUCAUCUUCUUGCCAGGCAUCCCUGGCUGUGACUUAGAGCUAAUAGUAACUUGCCUUCCCGAGCCAGGGCCAUCCUAGGGUCAGGAGAAUGAGGUUGAUGCUUAAGGGCUCCAAAGAAGACAGUGGUCCCUAUCAAUGAGUCUUUCUGUUAUAAACUGGCAACUGGGGCAUCAUUGGCCUCUGAUGGCUGAACCAAGGUCAAAGUCACGAUCCUGCUCUGUUGGUCCCAGUUCGGCCCUUAUCAACUCAUCAAACAAAAACACACUGAUUCUUGGCUUUGUGGGUAGGAAGGGGCCUAAUUACUAUCCUAAUAGCUCAAACAGCAGUGAAACAGGAGAAGCUGGGCCUCAGGAGAGACCAUUGAAAAUGAGCACAAAAACCCCUGCUUCCAUUUCUCCUGCCCCAUACCCACCAACUCACUAGAGGGCAGUUCUGCAGAGCCUCCUUUGUUGUACAUGGUGUGAAUAGCUCUUAAGAAUCAGGCUACCACCCACUUCUCUCAAGGUGAAGGAAAGUCAUUCAUAGGUCCCAAAUCUGCCUUAUCAGGUGUCACAUAACACAGCAGGGUGUCAAUUUACUUCUACACACAUGCAUGUGCAUGUGUAGGCCUGUAUGCUUUUGGAGAGAAUAUUGGUUGGCGAAAGCAGCACAGUAUUAAUAUUUAGGGUAUGAUGCAGCCUCUUAUGAAUUUAUAGUCAAAUCUAGCAGAAUGAAUAAAAUUUGGGAGCUUGAGACCUGGUACAUUAAUUAAAUCCUCAAAAGGUUUGGAACAAAAUAAACAUCUAAAACUCUAA